AUGCAAAUGAUUAAGGAUGACAUGAUAAUCAAUAAUUCAAUUCUAGAUUUUAGUAUGACAGAAAAUCAAAAAUUUGAAUCAAUCUGUCAACAGUUAAAAAAUAUUUGUACUGUUUCUUAAUAACUCUUGGUACCUAAAUUAAGAUAAAAACGAAUAAGAAAGAAGAGAGUAUUGAAAAAACUAUAAAAAAAUCAGAAAUCAGAAAAAGUGUCAAGUGACAUUCAACAUAAAAAGACUAUUCUAAAUUAUUUUGAAGUCUCUCGAAAUGAAUUGGAAGAGAAGAUUGCAUUAAUUAGUGGAUUAUAGCAGUAGAUACAAUAAAUAAAGUUAAUGAUGUCUCAAAUAUGA